AUGGCCGCCAAUCCUCAAGCGGUCGCCAGGGUACCGGCUGCAACAGCCUUCGCAUGCCUCCAGUCCGUGCCAAACAAACCAGCAGAAGCAGCGAAGCUUAUCGCCAGCACCAAGGCCUACGCUCAGUGGCAGAGUACACUCGCAUGGUUGAAAGACCCGCCACCAUCUUACAUGCUCCCGCCAACGGACAUCCAAGGCGGGCUCGACGCGAUAGGUGCCAACGCCACGGCAGGAAGGUUCGCAAGCGAGUUUGAGUUCCAGUCCGCGAUGGUCCAGCUGGUGGCAUCAGCACACGACGGUCACUUCGCCAUUCGCCCAGACAUGUUCAAAGCAUUCAGUUUCAGGAAUGACCUGGCCACAGACAUUGUCUCUGUGUCUGUUGAUGGCAAGCAGGUGCCAAAGCUCUACAACCUAGGCGUCCUGAACGGGACGGCAUCCAUAGGAGGCAUGAACCAGACAGCCGUGAACAGCACGAACGGCAUGCCCCCGGCGAUAACGAAGAUCAACGGCCAGGACGCCGCACAGGUGAUUGAGGAGCAGGGCUUGAAGUUCAUCAACUUCCAGGAUCCCGACUCGCAGUGGAACUCGCAGUUCCAGCAAUACGCUGUACCCACGGCUCGCACCGCACUGGCCUCUUCGAUUUUCUUCUUGGGCGACUCGUUGACCCUCGAGUAUGACAAUGGGCAGAAGGUGACACAGGAGAGCUACGCCCUCAUCCGCCCAACGGCAGACUUCACGGGCGUGAACACGGGCGAGGACUUCUACCAGAAGUUCUGCAACCCUGCCAACGCGCCACCUCCAACAGCAGGUGCUGGAGGCGGACAGCCCACCACGCCGCCCCCGACCGGGCCUCCGGGUACGCGGCAGCCGGAAACGCCCAAUAUCCCCGGGUUUCCCAUGCCCGCGAUCCGCGACAGUGGGGCCAACAUCACAGCUGGAUAUUUCCUGCAAGGCGCGGGAUACGAGGACGUGGCCGUGCUGUCGGUGCUGGGUUUCUCGCCCGAGGGCGACUUUGACAUCCUCGAGUAUGUGGUCAACUUCCAGCAGAUGACAGAGAAAUUCCUCGCCAUGUCCAAGCAGGCGGGCAAGCAGAAACUCGUCAUCGACGUGACGGGAAACGGCGGCGGUCUCGUGGCGGCCGGUUUUGAGCUGUACGCGCAGCUGUUCCCGGGCACGCCGCAGUUCCAGGCCAACAACAUGCGCCUGACGGAGAGCAUGGAGCAGAUGGCCAAGAUCUCUUCGUCAGUGCAGAACGAGAUCCUCGCGCUGGACCUGAACACCCUGACCCCGCAGAACGCGACGCAGAGGCAGCUCGCGCUCGCGGCGCUGUCGCAGAGCAGCGUUGUCAGCAACCUCAUCCCCGGCGGUGUCUUCUCUGCCGGUGGUCAGACGAACUUGACGUCGACGGACCAGAUCAUCGCCCCGGUGACCAUCAAGGGCGACCGGUUCACGUCGUACAUCAGCACGCCCCUGAACGAAACUGCGCCGGACUUCAACCUCACUGGCACCGGCAACCGGGCUAACCCGGCCCCGGCGGUGUUUGACCCGAACAACGUGGUGAUCCUGACGGAUGGCACGUGUGGCUCGACUUGCACGCUGUUCUCAUACCUCAUGAUCAUGCAGCAGAACGUCAAGACGGUCGUGGUUGGCGGGCGGCCGACGACGGGGCCGAUGCAGUCGAUCGCAGGCGUGGAGGGCGCGCAGGUGUUCCCGCUGAACGAGCUCCAGCAGGCGGCGUCGGCGACGCUGUUCCUGGCGCCGCCGGAGCAGCAGCAGCAGCUGAGCCAGUCGGAGCUCGGGCUGAUCGCCGAGGGCUACCUGCUGGACCGGUCGGCGACGCCGAGCAACGCGGGCGCGGUCAACGGCAAGAACGCCUUCUCGCACACGGACGCGCAGACGCCGCUGCAGUUCCUGAUGCAGCCGGCGCAGUGCCGCUUCUUCUACACCAAGGAGAUGAUCUACGGGCCCGAGGCGGUGUGGAAGCGCGCCGUGGACGCGACCUUCAAGGACCCUCAGGGCCUCUGCGUCGAGGGCAGCGUCACGCCGACCAUGGGCGUGCAGGCCGUCUCGAGCGACUUCUUCCCGAACCAGGCGGUCGGCGGCUCGAGGGCGGAGGGCGCCAACAACCCCGGGAAGAGCUCCGGAGUCCGCUCCGCGGCGGAGAGGAGUGGCGUGGCGAUCUUGGUGGCGGCGCUGGCCAGCGUGGCGUUCUUGAUCUGA